AUGUUCAUCAAAACAUGUAAGUCUCUUAUGUUGGCCCUCAUUGGUCCCUUCGUUCCUCUACGAAUUUCUCCGCCGCCGCUGCAGGGUCAGAGAUUGUGGAGAUGCAGGUUUUCAGAGAUCAGCUUUUCUUCUCUGGCCUCAGCUCUGAAGUCCAACCCCUUCCAUCUGAGAGAGCUGGACCUGGUUGACAGCAACCUGCAGGAUUCAGAAGUGAAGCUGCUGAGUGAUUUUCUGCAGAGUCCAAACUGUAGACUGGAGAUUCUGAAAUUGAGGGGCUGCAGUUUGUCAGAGAUCAGCUUUUCUUCUCUGGCCUCAGCUCUGAAGUCCAACCCCUCCCAUCUGAGAGAGCUGGACCUGAGAGACAACUACCUGCAGGAUUCAGGAGUGAAGCUGCUGUGUGAUUUUCUGGAGAGUCCAAACUGUCGACUGGAGAUUCUGAAAUUGAGUGACUGCAGUUUGUCAGAGAUCAGCUUUUCUUCUCUGGCCUCAGCUCUGAAGUCCAACCCCUCCCAUCUGAGAGAUCUGGACCUGAGUAAGAACGAGCUGCAGGAUUCAGGAGUGAAGCUGCUGUGUGAUUUUCUGCAGAGUCCAAACUGUAGACUGAAGUCUCUGAAUUUGAUGAGAUGCAGGUUGUCAGAGAUCAGCUGUUCUUCUCUGGCCUCAGCUCUGAAGUCCAACCCCUCCCAUCUCAGAGAGCUGUAUCUGGAAUACCAAAAGCUGCAGGAUUCAGAAGUGAAGCUACUGUGUGAUUUUCUGCAGAGUCCAAACUGUAGACUGGAGACUCUGACUUUGAUGAGAGGCAGGUUGUCAGAGAUCAGCUGUUCUUCUCUGGCCUCAGCGCUGAAGUCCAACCCCUCCCAUCUCAAAGAGCUGGACCUGGCCUAUAGCGAGCUGCAGGAUUCAGGAAUGAAGCUGCUGUGUGAUCUUCUGCAGAGUCCAAACUGUAGACUGGAGACUCUGAGAUUGAGGGGCUGCAGGUUGUCAGAGAUCAGCUGUUCUUCUCUGGCCUCAGCUCUGAAGUCCAACCCCUCCCAUCUGAGAGAGCUGAACCUGAGAGACAAUGAGCUGCAGGAUUCAGGAGUGAAGCUGCUGUGUGAUUUUCUGCAGAGUACAAACUGUACACUGGAGAUUCUGAAUUUGAGUGGCUGCAGUAUGUCAGAGAUCAGCUGUUCUUCUCUGGCCUCAGCUCUGAAGUCCAACCCCUCCCAUCUGAGAGAGCUGGACCUGACCUAUAACAAGCUGCAGGAUUCAGGAGUGAAGCUGCUGCGUGAUCUUCAGAAGAAUCCAAACUACAGACUGGAGACCCUGCAGUGAGUACAGGGUUGGACUUU